AUGAAUCGAAAACACCCCUCCGGCUCCCCGGUCCUCCGGGACCGGCGCCUCCACCUCGGGCGCAACCUGGGGCGCACGCGGUCCGGACGCCCCACCCUCCCCCAGCGGCUGCCUGUCACCCCGGGGGACGCCGACUGGGGUCGCCCGCUCGGUAACCGCCGCGCUCCCCCGGAGCUUCCCUCUGCGGCCACGUUUGCCAAACAAAAAGAGGCAGGCUUUGGAGAAGGCGCCGCGGGCUCACCUCGGGGCCGCGCUCCCCCGGCCUCGCCGCUGGUCUCUGAGCCGCCAGCCGCCCCGCCGGGCGCCUCGGAGCAUUGUUUGGAGAGUGAGAGCGCGCGGUCCGUGCCCGGCCGCGGGCGGUGUCUUCUGCCUGGGCCCGGCGGCCGGGUGGCAGCUGCGAGCGCAGCUCCGCCCCCUCCGCCUCCGGUGGCGCCGCCCGCCCAGCCUCAGCCUCACCUCCGGAGUCCCUGCCGCCGCCCCGCGCCCCCCGCCGGCGGGCGCGCUCCCUGGCCCCUGAUUCCUCCCGGAGAUCCACGCCCCGCCCCUCCCUCACGCUCCCGACGGAGGCUCCGCCCCCAGCCCGAGACUUGGAGGCGUCCGACCCCCGAGCGAGCGCCCUUUUCCACCUCUCUCCAAGGAGGGGCCGCGGGGUUCUGCAGGGGCGAGUUUCGAGAGGCAGUGUAUAGUAACUCCAGCGGGAGUCCUCCGCCAGGCAGCCCACGCUGCGCCUGUGAGCCUCCGCCCAGCUCAGAGCAGGAAGGCUGGUUCUCCUUGAGGUUCCUGCGUUCUCUUAGUGAUCCGGCGGUGACACAGCAGGAGUGGGGGGUGGGAUGA